UGCAUUUUCCAUCAGGCAGUGUGUUGAACAGCUAUGGUAAUCUUUGCUGAGGCAAGCUCGCAGAGGAGAGUGAAAGCGGAGAGAAAGCAGAGGCGGCCGACAAAGCGCUGGUAUCUCUGGGUUAAUGUUUACUCUCAGGACGAGCAGCCUAUGGCCCCGUCGUCUCUCCGGCCUGAGCAGUCUGCUGCUGCCUCCGACUUCCAGGAAUUCAUCUAAAAUGGCCUCAGACUCCCAUUGGCUGUCAGCGGCAGACAGAGAGCAGCUGCUGAUGGAGCUGAGGGCCACUGGCUGGGUGGAGGUAGAGGACCGUGACGCCAUCUACAAAGAGCUUCAUUUCAAAACCUUUAAUCAGGCUUUUGGCUUCAUGUCCCGCGUGGCUCUGCAAGCAGAGAAGAUGAAUCAUCAUCCAGAAUGGUUCAAUGUUUAUAAUAAGGUCCAGAUUACAUUGACUACACAUGAUUGUGGGGGACUGUCCAAACGGGACGUCAAAAUGGCCAAGUUUAUUGACAAAAUUGCACUUAACAUGUGAUUUUUUUUUUUUUUUUAAUCAGAUAUAUUUUGUCCACUUUCCUCAGUUUCCUUGCUUUCAGUUAAAAUUUUGCUCGGUUUAAAAAAUUCUUCUUCACAAAAGAACUGCCUUUUCUGUCUUCUCUAUACUCCCACCUUUUGUAGGCCUGUUUGUCUCAAAUAAAAUGUGUACCAUUUCCUA